CCUUCUCCGGCGGCGAGGAGCGUCGUUUCCGGUGUUCGUUGAAUUACCUCGUGGACGCGAGCGCGCGGCUGUCGGUGUGGGCACGAGGCGGUUGAGAAGAUAGGAGUAGAGGCCUUGAAAUCUUCGCCGUCGCUAUGGCAUCCAUGUCCCUAGCACCUGUGAACAUCUUCAAGGCUGGUGCUGAUGAAGAGAGAGCAGAGACAGCCCGUUUGUCAUCUUUUGUUGGGGCUAUUGCGAUUGGAGAUCUAGUUAAAAGCACAUUGGGACCUAAGGGCAUGGACAAGAUUCUUCUCAGUACUGAAAGAGAAGGCACAGUGAUGGUAACCAACGAUGGAGCAACUAUCUUAAAAGCUAUUGGAGUUGACAACCCUGCAGCCAAGGUUUUGGUUGAUAUGUCCAAGGUUCAAGAUGAUGAAGUUGGAGAUGGAACUACUUCUGUAACUGUUCUGGCAGCUGAAUUGCUAAGGGAGGCAGAACUAUUGAUUGCAAGAAAGAUCCAUCCUCAAACCAUUAUCGCAGGUUGGAGAGAAGCCACAAAAGCAGCAAGAGAAGCCUUGGUGAAAUCUGCUGUGGAUCAUGGGGGAAAUGAAGCCAAGUUUCAUCAAGACUUAAUGAACAUUGCAGAAACAACACUCUCUUCAAAAUUACUUACUCAUCAUAAAGAUCACUUUGCAAAACUUGCAGUGAAUGCUGUCCUUAGACUGAAGGGAUCUGGUAAUCUGGAAGCUAUUCAUGUCAUCAAAAAACUAGGAGGAAGUCUAAUAGACUCCUAUUUGGAUGAAGGAUUUCUGUUGGAUAAAAAAAUUGGUGUCAACCAGCCAAAAAGAAUUGAAAAUGCAAAGAUACUUAUUGCAAAUACUGGCAUGGAUACUGAUAAAAUUAAGAUAUUUGGCUCCCGUGUAAGAGUGGAUUCCACGGCAAAGGUAGCAGAAAUUGAACAAGCAGAAAAAGAGAAAAUGAAGGAGAAAGUUGAGUGUAUUCUGAAGCAUGGAAUAAACUGUUUUAUCAACAGGCAAUUGAUCUACAACUAUCCAGAACAGAUGUUCGCGGCUGCUGGUGUUAUGGCUAUUGAACAUGCAGAUUUUGCUGGAGUUGAGCGUCUAGCUCUUGUUACAGGUGGUGAAAUUGCUUCAACUUUUGACCAUCCAGAAUUGAUAAAGCUAGGAAGCUGCAAGCUGAUUGAAGAAGUCAUGAUUGGUGAAGAUAAACUUAUUCAUUUCUCUGGAGUUGCUAUGGGUGAAGCUUGCACCAUAGUUCUGCGUGGGGCAACACAACAGAUCAUAGAUGAAGCAGAAAGAUCUCUGCAUGAUGCACUGUGUGUUCUUGCCCAGACCAUAAAAGAUACUAGAACGGUGUAUGGUGGAGGCUGUUCAGAGAUGUUAAUGGCUAAUGCUGUCUCAGAGCUUGCAAAAAGAACACCUGGCAAAGAAUCAGUAGCAAUGGAGUCUUUUGCUAAGGCCUUAAGUAUGCUCCCAACCAUCAUAGCUGAUAAUGCUGGCUAUGACAGCGCAGAUCUAGUUUCCCAGCUUCGAGCUGCUCAUAUUGAAGGGAAAACUACUUAUGGACUUGACAUGAAGGAGGCAGCCAUUGCAGACAUGGCAACUCUGGGAGUAGUUGAAAGCUUUCAAGUGAAACGGCAAGUUUUGCUGAGUGCUGCUGAAGCAGCAGAAGUGAUUCUCCGUGUCGAUGAUAUUAUUAAAGCAGCUCCAAGGAAAAGAGUACCAGAUCGUUAUCCAUGUUGAGUAUUCUGCUGUCAAUAAGAACAUGUGGACCAGAAGUUUGCAAAAUACUUUGUGUGCAAUUAUAGAAUAAAGGGAUGGAAUAUUGAGCACUGGCAUGUGAUCAGUCUUUUGUUGGUUUAACUUGUAUCAUUUUGAAAAGACCAAUUCAUUCUCAAUUGUACAACAUCUAUAUUUCCCUACCAUUCUCUUUGUAGUACUCCGUAAUAAAAGUUUCAAAUCUA